AAAAAAUCUAGAAUAAUGUUUCUUUAACAGCCGGUGUCUAUAAAUAAUUGCAAUAUUUACACACAAAUAUCCAAACUGAUACACGUUUUACAGCUGAUUCGCCGCAUAGUUGUCGUCGUCGUGUCGUUGUCGUGCUUUAUUCUUACGUCAAACAACAAAAAUAGUUAAAAGAGAAAAUUGAGAAGAAUGCCUAAAAGCUGAAAAAGCUUUAAAACCUACCAACAAUUCGCACUAAAAUUCAGCUUUUUAUUAUUUUUUUUUUUUUUGUUAUACUCAUUCACAUAGCCUAAAUAUAUUUUCCAAUUAAAUUCAGUUCAAUUAUUUGAAGCUAUUCCGAAGGGUUGUCUGUCGAGUGUAUUCAUUUUUCAAUACCAGUCUAAAUGACCAGUCGAUUGUUUAAAGUACUUGUAACUCAUCCGGAAGUACCCAAACAAGUACUCGAUACAUUAAAACAAAAAUGCGAAGUUAUAGUGUGCAAAAAUAUUCCACCCUUGAAAACGGAAAUUUUGGAAAAAAUUCAAGGAGUUGAUGCAGUUUUGUGGGCACACUAUCAGCCAUUGAAUGGCGAAAUUCUAGAUGCAGCCGGAAGUCAGCUAAAAGCUGUUUCGACUAUGUCAUCUGGCAUUGAUUAUGUUGAUGUAGCCGAGUUCAAGAAACGCCAAAUGCCAUUGGGACACACUCCAAGGGCAGUAAAUAAUUCAGUUGCUGACAUUGCCAUUGGAUUAAUGAUAUCAGCCGGGAGAUUGUUUCAUGAAGGAAGACGCAUCAUAGAAACUUCACAAUGGGAAACAGAUCGACAUGAUUGGAUGAUGGGCCAGGAAAUCAGUGGCUCUACUAUAGGCUUCUUUGGAUUUGGUGGAAUUGGUCAGAUUAUUGCCCGAAGGCUGCUAACUUUUGAUAUCAAGAAAAUUAUUUACACUACAAGGACGAAAAAGGACAACGAAGCUGAUUUUAAUGCAAGUCAUGUUCCAUUUGAACAAUUGUUGAGUGAAAGUGAUUUUAUAAUUGUGGGAAGUCCUCUAACUCCCGAAACAAAAGGAAUUUUCAAUGCUGAAGCUUUUGCUAAAAUGAAACCGAAUUGUGUUUUUGUAAAUGUUGCAAGAGGACAAAUUGUUGAUCAACAUGCACUUUAUAAUGCUUUGAAGAAGCGACAAAUUUUUGCUGCAGGACUUGAUGUGACAACACCAGAACCAUUGCCAAGUGAUGAUCCGCUGUUAAGUGUUCCAAAUUGCAUUAUUCUUCCCCAUAGAGGUACAGCAACAGCACAAACGACAAUCAAAAUGGGUAAUAUGGCUGUACAAAAUAUAUUGAAUGUCCUUUUUGAAGGUAAACCAAUGUUAGCUCCUGCUUAUACAUAAUACAAAAAAAAAAUGUAGAAAAAACUAAACGUUAUUUUUAUAA